CCGAUGUCAUCAACAUGGAAGGCUGUCCUCGGUCUUCUAUGUUAAGUAUUGACUUAAAAGAUUCAAUACCUGCCGAAUUUACCGAUUCAWUAAAGAAAUACAUAACUGAUCAUUACCAAGAGGAUCCUGAAAAUUAUAAACAUGAGUGUCAACAAAUCGAGCAGCUUAGAUCGGCUUGCCUUCAUCCUGGACAUGACCAUUCUGGAUGUAGUACACUUCGAAGGUAUUUUUCACAGCUGCAGUAUCUACAAUCAAGAUUCCCAAUGGUUGAUGGUGGAGCAGUUUCAGUACAAUUUACUUGGACAGACCUUUAUUCAGAAGAAUCUAUAGCAUUAGCUGAUGUACGAUUUGAGCAGGCGGCAAUACUUCAUAACUUAGGAGCUUUACAUUCUCAGCUUGGUGCACAAGAAGAUAGGACUGGUGAAGAGGGAAUGAAAGUUGCUUGUACCCAUUUUCAAGCAGCUGCUGGCAUCUUUCAAUAUCUGAAGAACACUGUGAUGGUACCCUUGGCAUCAAUGAAGCUUCCCUGGGURUCAGAGGAUCAUUUUGCUGUUCCAUUUUUUGACCUGGCCAGCUGUGUUCUGCAACUCUACAUCAAUAUAUUACUGGGUCAAGCACAAGAAUGCCUACUUGAAAAGUCAAUUCUUGAUGGCCGUAAAGAUUCUCUUAUCGCAAGAAUAAGCAUGCAAGUUUAUGACUAUUAUCAACAAGCACUGGGGAUUCUGGAGUCUUUAGGGUCUUCUUACCUGGGAUCCAAAAAAUCAAAAAUGUGGACCAAAGCAGUGAAAAUCAAAGCUUGUCACUUCACUUGUGUAUCAUAUAUUCACAUGUCAAAUCAUGCACAUGAAAAUCAAAAGUUUGGAGAAAAGGUUGCUUAUUUAAAAGCUGCACAUCAAAAACUCACAGAAGCACAAAAGCAGUCGAAGGGACAACCAGAAAGAACUUUAGAACUGCUACAAUUCAUGGCUGAUGUGGUGAACAACAAGCUUGAAGGUGCUGUAAAGGACAAUGAUUUUAUCUUCCAUGAAGUUGUACCAGACUUGGCAGCGCUCCCAGUUAUUAAAGGUGCCUCUCUUGUAAAACCCAUUCCAUUCCAACCUUGUGACCCUAGUGUAGCAGGUCCUGAUAUUUUCCAAAGACUGAUCCCAAUGGAAGCUCAUACUGAUGCCUCCAUCUACAGUGAGGAAAAAGCAAAGCUUCUCAGAAGAUACAAUGCUUCAAUUGAUGUUAAGAACAAACAGCUGGCUCAAUCACUGGCCAGCCUUCAUAUAGAUGACUUACUUCAGCCWGUGGAGACAGACACAUUACCAACACUUUUGAAAGAAAAACAUGACACUUUGAGUAAAGAUGUGGUUUUGCUAUCACAGACAGAGGAAAACAUUGAAGAGUCAUCAAAGCUAAGUGAUGAUGUAGAAAACACUUUGAAAAGUAUUUCGUCCAUGUUAGAUGAAGAUGAGAAGAAAGAAAAAUUAGCUCAAGGGGGAAAACAAGAAACAACACAAGAGAGAGAAGACAUUAGGAAAGAAUAUGASAAGUGCCAAGAAGCKYUUUCUAAAGCAAAUCACACCAAUAAUGAACUGGCYCGUGUUUAUAAAGCUCACAGACAAAACCUAGAGCUUAUUGCUGGAUCUGAAGAACARCUUUUAGCAGCCCUUCCUUCACUUAACAUAAUCGACUCACCUGUUGAUGAUGGUGCAGUACAAAGACUUAGAGACUUGAUAGCUAAAGUUGAAGAAAUGAAAGUUCAAAGGAAAUCACUUGAGGAAGAUCUAAGAAACAAGCUGAACGAAGAUGAUAUCACUGGUCUGUUGGUCACAAGGGAUGGCAAUAAAAUGGCAUUCUUUGAUCAACAAUUAAAGAAACAUGACACAGCUUGUUCUCUUAUCCAAGCUAACUUAGAUGCUCAAGAUAAAAUCCUAAGUGCUCUCACRGAAGCUAAUGCUAAGUAUGCCAAGACACGRCAAGCAGUGAAAGAAAGUACACAGAGGAGAGAGGAGGUUGUUCAAGCACUCAUUCUGUCUUACAAUACAUUUUGUGAACUCCAAGGAAAACUAAGUCGUGGUGUAGAUUUUUAUAAACGACUAUCAUCAACUGUCAGAAAGCUUGAAGAAAAAUGCAAGAAUUUYUUUGAUAAUCACAGCAAAGAGUUGGACAAGUUGAUUGAGAAGAAAAAGGUUGCCACAGAGCCUCCUAAGCCACCSAGCAGACCAUCAGCUGCCAAGCCUGAUCAUCUUGUAAGACCUCAGCAACCUCAUCCACCACCAUCAAGUAUUGCAAUCCUUCCUGGACAACCACCAAAUUUGAUAGGACCAUCAUCCAUUGCAAACAUGCCUCCAGGUGYACAUCCCCAGCAUUAUGUCCCAAGGCAGCCUAUCCCACCGUCACUUCCAAGACAUCCAACACCACCUUCCUCGCUUCCUUAUUCUGUGCCUCAAACUCACAUUCCUGCUGAUCAAGCCAUUCAUACACYRCCACGUAUGUCYUAUCCAUUUCCUGACAGCCAAAGACAGAUGCAAGUGUCAGAGCCAGGACAAUUUCCAAGACAUAGUGUCCCUGGUCAGGUUUCGCCUGCACAAGGGUUACCACGUUUACCGUUUCAAAAUCAAGUUUUACCAAAUCAACAACCUACUGGCAUAAAUACCUCUCUAUCUCAAGUACGGCYAGAGCGUCCAAGCCAUGUUGCAUCUUUCCAACAGCCAGAUAUUUUGGGUGGGCAGCAACAGUUUCCUGGACAGUCAAUGACRCGUCCCCAGGUCCCUCAAUCAGUUCGACCUCCACAGCCUGAUCUGAUCUCGCAAGUACGGCCUCAAUUUCCAGGMCAGUUUGUACCUGGUCAGAGGAUGCCUUUCCAUCGACCUGAAUCACCUCAGUCUCCAAUGGGACAGCUACCAACACCACCAAGACCUCAGGCACAAUCAACGUCACCAGUUCCUUUACAACCUCGGCUGUCGAGUYCAAUGUCCCACCCUCGACACCCACCAGCCACUCACCCCCAGMAUUUCCAACCUSKKUCGUUGACACCCUCUUCAGUGCACCAACAAAUAAAUCCUGUUCAGCCAGGUCAGUUGCAUCUUAGACCUGAACAACCCAGUCAGCCAGGACUGUCACCUCAAUUCCAACCCAGACAACCAUUUAACCAGCAAUUUCGACCUGGUCAGCCACUUCAGCCCGRUCAAAUUCACCGACAUCCCUUUCAUCAAGGACUACAAACACAGGUUCGACCCAGUAGUCCAUCACAACAGCAAUUUCGACCUGAACUACUUUCACAACAGCAGUUUCGCCCUCAACAAGCUUCACAACAAUUUCCGCCUCAUCAGUCUCAACAGCAAUUUCGGCCACWAUCACCCCAGCAAUCACUCAGACCUCAGAUUCUUCAAACCCAAUAUAGACCUGAACAGUUAUCCCAGCAACCUCAGCAGUUUCGACCACAAUUAAUUCGGCCUGAUCCAGUUAGACCAGAGUUAUCAUCCCAACAACCAUUUCGACCUGAUCAAACAUCCCAACAGUCUACGCGACCUGACCAAUCUUCCCAACGCCCAUUUCCAUUAGAUAAACAACAACCAUCAUCACAGCAAGGGCCAUCACAUUCACUAACUCAGGAUCAGCAGCAAUUACCAUCCACAUUUCGCCCUGAAUCGUCCUUCCAAAAUUUACCACAGAAUCCCCUGUUCCAACAAGGAUCUGAACAACGGACAUUUCAGGUUGAUCAACAGCCCGAUGCUAAUCUAAAUAAUCAAGCAAGUAGACCUCUUGUGGAACCUACACACCGUAUAGACGCAGAACCACAACACCAAACGUUUUCAAACCCAAAUGUAUCACAGUCAUUCUCACGGCAAAMCUCCAGUGCUAUUGCUCAUUCGUAUCCUGAGACUGGCGCCUUUAUUGCCAAUCCAUCCUCUCUUCCUUCUAGUUAUGGUAGCUGGCAAGCUCCAUCUCUUAUUAACCAAGGAUCGCGACCUUUUCCAAGUAGUGUAACGUCUUCAGAUUAUUUAACCAGUUUUUCUAUCAAAGAACUACAAAACAAACCGCCGGUUCAUGUCACAAGUACCUUCUACGAACCUGGACAAGUACCAACAUCUCGUCSAAMCGAACCYGUUUCAUGUCCUACUGAUGAAGAAGAUACCAAGCCAUCAUUACUUCGUCAAUGUGGCCAUUACUAUGCAAGUCAAAUAUCAAGCAUAGACCAGACUACUAAUAACUCAUGUCUUAAUAGCGAUGAAGAGCUUCAAGCGUUGGUCUCAGCUGUGAAGGGAUUCGAUUUGGUCGUAAAAAGCCUAUCUGCCGACAGGCAUGGGUCUGGCUUAGACGGAUUUUCAAUCGAAUGGCGGGAACUUGAACGACUACAAGAGUACGAUAGCGCGUCGAAAACAGCAAAUGCUGGUACCAUGAAUCAGCCCAAAAACAGAUAUAAGGACAUCCUGCCAUGGGAUCACACAAGAGUGAAGUUGACAUUUAAAGACGARAGUGAUUAUAUCAAUGCUAACUUUGUGAAGAAUAUAACGCCUCUGUCACCAUCAUUUAUCGCGACUCAAGGACCAAUUGCUACAACCCUCACUCACUUUUGGCUAAUGAUUUGGGAGCAACAGUCAAAUAUUGUCAUUAUGCUUACCAGAGAGGUGGAAGGCAACAAGCUGAUGUGUCACCAGUACUGGCCAAUAGAUGAAGGGCACACCGUUCUGUUUGGACCAAUAAGAGUGUUGCUUAAGACAGUCAUUACCAGUCCUUUAUCAGUUAAAAGGGUCAUGCAUGUACAGCACACCGAUAGCGACGAUACGUUAAUUGUUACUCAUCUUCAGUUUUGUGGCUGGCCUGACAAAGGUGUCCCAGAGACUUCUGUUGACCUGUUGUCAUUUGUGAAUGUWGCGCGUUCAUGUUAUCAGCAAUCGCUGAAGGAAUCAGAAGAAAAACCARUAAUCGUUCACUGCAGUGCUGGGAUUGGACGAACUGGAACAUUCAUCGUUCUCUACUCAGCGAUACAGGAAUUCAAUGCUAAUCGUGAAUUUGUCAAUAUUCCUCGUCUUGUACGCAAUMUUCGAUUACAUCGCAAGUACAUGGUACAGAAGCAGGAGCAAUAUGAAUUUUGCUACAAAACCCUGUUGUUUUACGCAAGGCAGUUCCUAGAUCUUGAAUUAGCAUCGCUGACUCCUCAGAGAAGGGCCAGUCUAAACCUUGGACAACUUGAGCCUCAUCCUGUGGGAAAGAACGCUCCCACAGCCGAGGACARCAGACCGCGUAAGGGAUCCAACGACGCGCGGUUCAUAGGAGAACUAAAGGCAGACGAUUCACUGGAAACUAAUGAUGAAGAAGAUAAUAAAACAGAACAAUCAAUAUCGGAAAAGUACUGCAAAGGUACGCUGGAGACGGACGCUGAAGGAACAAGAAAAAAGAAGAAAAGUACGGACCRUAGUGAAAGUACUGAGRGCAYAGSGCRACAGUCUACUAMUGACACUGGUAAAGUUUCUAUUGGAAAAGACGAAGAAGUGAGAUUUAUUAAAGACGAGGAAAAUGACUUGGAAACUGAAGAAUUGGAAACUCAAAUUGAUGAACAGAAAAGUGAGGAAGAGCAAUCCUCCUYAGAAAGUACUGCUUUAGAAGAUAAUAAUUCUGAUGCGAAGGCGAACACAAGUGCUGUCCAARCUGUCGACCGAGAUGAAAUGACWUUUGRUACAGAUACUGGAACUAAAAAUAACGAUUCUGCUACUAUUGAGGAACAGGACAGUUGUAAAGAUGAUGUUCAUAGCGAACUCAAAACAGAAAGCGAAACAGAAGAGUCUCUUCAGACUAAAAAUGAGGAAACUUAAAAAUGACCCAAAAUAAAAAAAAUUGUAUUUGAUAUGCAUGAAAUUGCUGAAAUUUAUAUUAGAAACAUUGUAUAAUAGUUGAGCUUGUUCGGGGCAGGAAUUUGCACAUUUUACGAAUUGAAUGACGUUCAAUAAACUUAUUUGCACGAUUA